AGCAGGCACAGGCAGAUCGCUCUCCCUCCCGGCCUCACCCCACAUCUCGCCCCCUCCCACUCCCACUCCACUCCUCUCCCUCUCCGUCCUCCACCUCGAUCCAUCCAUCCGUCCAUCCAUCUCAUUUAAACCCCCACGAACACCAAGCCUCACUGGCCUCUGCCGCGCCAGCGCAGCCCCACAUGCUCCUUCUUCCUCUUCCUUACUGGCAUCCAUAGCAACAGCAGCGGCAGCAUUCCGUCGCCGACACGCGGCGCGGCAGCAAGAAAGAGGACCGAUGGCGGCGGCGGCGGCGAGAGGGCCGCUCACGCUGCGUGACUUCCUGGAGCUCGGCUGCGACUCCAGCAGCGACGGCUUCCGCUCCUACCCGCGCUGCCUGCCCUGGAGCGACGACGCGCUGCAGGCGCCCGUGCGGCUCCUCGUCGAGGCCGACCUCCGGCGGAGCCCCUCGCGGUCGCCGUCCUCGCUCUUCUCCAUCGCCAGGAGCCCCGGCCCCGGCGCGCUCGCCAGGAUCUCCAGCCUCUCCAGGAGCUUCUCGCGACGGAUCAAGGAGGGUCUCUGGAGGCGCCGCGACGACGAGGAUGACGACCUUUUCUUCGACGACCGGGACUCGUGCGGGUUCCCGUCGCCGCUCGUCAGCAGCUGCUCCGCUUCGGACUCGGGGUCGGAGUAUGCCGCUGAGUCCGAGGUGGACAUAGCCGCCAUUGGUGAGAAGAUGGCGUGCCCGCCCGCGUUCGAGUGCGAGAAGCCGUCGUCCUCCUCCACAACAAGCUCGGCGGACCACGACUGCACGGACGCCGCGCCCGGCGCCACGGCAGACGGGAACAAGAUGCAGGCGGGUGGCGAUCCCGCGGUGGGGCGCGUCAGCAGCAAGUUGGGGAUGGAGGACAAGCAACAGCUGAGCCCCGUGUCCGUUCUGGAUUUCCCCUUCGAUGACGACGACGGCGACGAACGGAGUGACGCCGGCACGUGCUCGCCUUCCUUCCACCGCUGCCCGACGACGACACCGCCGGAUCUUCUUCUCCACAGGACGACGAAGCAGGCGCACAAGAUCCGGCGGUACGACGGCAUUGCGCAGGCGGCAGUCGACCCCGUGGAUCUCGAGGCGCGGUUCACCACCACCACCACCACCUCGGAGUCCGGCGAAUCCGUCGGCGCGAGCACGCACCUCCCGACCACCAGCUCGACAUCGACGGACACAACCAGUAGCGCGACGUCGACGACGACGGCGCCACGCCACGGCGAGGAGCACCAGUGCGUCGAGCAGAAAUCACGGGAUCAAGAAGAGCUUGACGAAUACCGCCUGCUCGCGCAGCUGCUCCUCGAACUCGAGGACACGGCGGCGGCCGUAGACGAGGUCUCCCAGGUGCUCGUGCUCGACUUCUUCGCGGAGGGGGUCGACCGCCUCCGCUCCUCGGUGGUCGGGACGGUCCGGCCGGCGGACGACGACCGGCUGGUGGGGGCGGCCGCGGAGUGGCUGCGGGGCGCGGGGCCGCAGUGGGGCAUCAGGGACGUGAUGCUCUCCGGGAAGGCGGCGCUGGAGGACAUGGAGCGGGGCCGGCGGUGGAUGUGCGUGGGCGAGGACGAGCGGGACGUCGGCGCGGCGGUGGAGGGGUUCGUCAUGGACGGGCUGCUGGACGAGCUGGUCGCGGAGCUGGUGCCUUGGUGGCACGGUGACGGCCGGCCGUAGAUGGAGCUACUAGACUAGGAAUUGCUCAUCGAUCGUGGAUGGUGCAGUGUUAACGUCACGGGGUUUUGGCCGCCGGCGGGCGAAAACCCCGUGACGUUAACACGGCGAGGUCCCAUCCUGCCAUGGACAGAACGAAGAGCGCGCGCGUACAUGUCCGAGGGAGCUAGCAGCUCAAAUUUUUGUGGUUUUUGCUGGGAUUGUGAUCCGUGCGUCUCACAUGGUGAUCGAACUCGUUGCUUAUUAAAUCACUGCUACCACGACCGGGAUAUGUGCUGAACAGAACAGCAAAGGUUUCAUUAGCGUUUGCUACAAGGCAAUAGAAUCUGAGGAAUAUUUCAAAAAAAGAAAAAUUAUAAGCGUCCUGGGCCAUUACUGUUUCAGCUUGAAGCUCGGUGUGGCUGUUCAGACAAAGAAACAACAAAUAGUGAUGUCGUGGAGCUGAAAGAUGUUAUAGGCGAUCCAAAAUCGUGCUCCUGCAGUCGUUUUACUCAGGCCUGCAAAGUCCACGAGCUUUAGUUCACCAGGUCCAUAGGCCUUGUGGUGAGCCUUGACAGAUAAUAUAUAGCUGGGCUUAGUUCAUUUUUUUGGGCUCCUAUGUCGGCCAUUCUCCUCUCCGGUCUUCUGGCCACAAUUAUCCC